AUGGCUGCAAAUACUCGAUCGAAACAACAAGUUAAAAAUGAAUUAACUUCCACUUUGGAGUCUACUAACAUUUUACCAUUAACACAAUUAGUUGAAGAUUCAGAUGAUGAUCAUAUAAAACCAUCUAACAACAUCGUUCAAUAUACUUUAGAAAAAUGGGAUGCUUAUCGAGAAUAUGAACAACAACGAUUAGAAUCAAUUAAAUUAUUAACUGAAGAAGAGAUGUCGAAUAUUGAUCAAUGGUUAUUAGAUUUACAUCAAGUAUAUGAAGAAUUACGAUACCCGAUGUCACGCCGUAUUUGGCAAACUAUUACUUAUUUACAAGAUGAAGAACGAAUUUGGUAUGAACAAGAAAAACAAGAAAUUAAGAAUGAUUGGCGUUAUUUUUGCAAGAAGUUGAAGCAACAUAUUUUUGGUCGAUUGAAAAUUAAUACUAUGCCUUCGAAAGAUCAUCAUUUAUCGUCUGUUAAUAACAUGACACAAGUGGAACAAUUUCCUUCGACUAAGUCUUUGUCCAUUGAAAUUAAUUCAUCAUUAUCAUCAGCUCUUUCUAUUACCA